AUGAAGGAAAAGACAACAACAACUCGACCGAAGGUCAUCUUCUUUGAUCUGGAUGGGACCCUAUUUGACGACAACCACUCCCUCCAAUGCGCUAUUAAUACAGCUCGCCGCACCGUCGAUAUUCCCGAUACUCUCUCUAUCGAAACACUCACAACUUGCUACUUGAUCGCCCGCACCAAAACCCACGAUUUAAUUCUCCAGGGCGAUUUCACAGAGGAACAGAUAAGAGAAAAAAGAACUCGCCAUUUCUUUUCGUUGAUUGGUCUCAGCGACUAUGGCGAGGAACAAGUCAAAGCAUUUGGUGACACGUACAAGAAGGCAUAUCGAAGUUCCCGAAGAGCUACUCCCGGAACGAUAGAGACGUUAACAAAGCUUCGGGAGAUGGGAUACAAGAUUGCCAUCAUAACCAACGGAUCCGAAGACUCACAGCAGGAUAAGAUAAACCAGAUCGGAAUCGCGCACUUGGUCGACCGUCUUUUCGCUUCAUGGGAACUUGGGUGGGCGAAGCCAGAUUCACGAAUUUUUCACCACGCAAUGGGCAAGUAUGACAUCACACCUGAAAUGCUGAAAGGGAAGGGCAGGCCGUACAUGAUCGGAGAUGAUAUGGAGCGUGAUGUCCACGGCGCUAUGGAUGCUGGAAUGGAUGCUAUCAUUUAUUCACCUGCUUGUGCGGGAGCAGCCCCAGCAUCUUCAGAUGCUGUGCCGGUUAUCUUCGGCAACAUGACCCAGCUGUUAAGCAUCAUGAAAGUGGACGCGGGGAGAAAAAGUCGAAAGAAUCGAAAGAGCCGAGACGAUCAUUGGUACAAGUGCACUAUUUUCUAA